GCUAGUGCCGUUGGCCACCACUACGGAAUCGGAGUCCGAAACUGUGACACGCGCGGAUGGAAAACACAAGUCGCCUUCUCCUCCACUGUUGAUGAUGGAAAGCAAUCCUCCCGAGCACGGGACCAAGCCGAGAUCCGCCAGACACCGCCCCAACCACCGAGUGGUGCGCAAGCAGCCGGCGCGACCCGCCAGCGACCUUCACAACAUCUACAUCACCAGCAAGACAGACUUCAAGGCCCAGCAGCGCCGCUGCGAGGAGCUGCUCAACGCCGGCGCCCGGGAGAUCUUCCUGCACUGCAUGGGCUUCUCGGUCACGCGCGGCCUCAAUCUCGCCCUGCGCCUCGUCCACAACUCGGACGGCGCCCUUAGCUACGCCAUCAACACCUCCACCGUGCAGCUGGUGGACGAACUGCAUCCGCUGUGCGAUGCCGAGGACGUAAUCUUCCGCCAGCGCAACAACUCGGCCCUGCACAUCAAAAUCUUUAACCGCAGCCUCUUCGACAUUGUCGUGCCGCAACCGUCGCAGUCCCAAUCCCAAGCCCAAGCCCAGUUUGCCCAGUUCCGGGGCAAGCCAAAGGCCAGGCAGUAG